AUGGAGAUGAUGGAUCACGAGAGAAAUGUCGAAAAUGAGAGAACCGACGAAUUUGUGCUGCCCGGUUUCAGAUUCCAUCCGACAGACGAGGAGUUAGUAGGGUUUUAUCUGAAGAGAAAAAUUACGCAAAAGCCACUCUCCAUCGAGCUCAUCAAGCAGCUCGAUAUCUACAAAUACGAUCCGUGGGACCUUCCAAAGUUGGCAACUACUGGAGAAAAGGAGUGGUACUUUUACUGCCCUAGAGAUAGAAAAUACCGAAACAGUAACCGGCCCAACCGUGUAACGGGAGCUGGCUUCUGGAAAGCGACCGGUACCGAUCGGCCUAUUUACUCAUCCGAAGGCUCGAAAUGCAUCGGCUUGAAGAAAUCUCUUGUUUUCUACAAGGGUAGGGCUGCAAAGGGGGUUAAGACCGAUUGGAUGAUGCACGAGUUUAGGUUACCCUCAUUUUCCGACCCAAUUAUGACUAAGAAAUAUUCGGACAAAAGCAUUCCUCCCAAUGAAGCAUGGGCAAUAUGUAGGAUUUUCAAGAAAGCAAGCUCGAGCACACAAAGAGCCAUAUCUCAUUCUUGGGCUUCUUCGCCUGUCUUCGACAAAACAACAUCAUAUGACCACCACACAAUUAUAAACCCUUCUCCACAUGUAGUACUCAACAACUUCGAUUCGAUUGCGAAGAACCUAACAACCUCAAUGCCGAACAAACAAAAUCCAAACCUCCAAUUUGGUUCUUACAACAUGAUCGAGCAAAUAUCGCCCGUCAUGAGUUUCCCUCCACUACAUGAGCUUCCACCCUGCAAACCUGCCCUAAUUCCUCCAAUAUUGGAAAAUGAUAUUCACAAACCAAACGGGACCUUACUCGUGCAUGAAUUACCCGAGCAGGGUCAAAAGUGUACUUUCCAAGACACGUCUUUCUUGUCACGAGACAUGUCAAGUUCUUUCCUCGGUGGAUAUGUGAAGGGUUCAGAAAAUAAUGGCAAUAUGGAAUUUACAACACAAUUUAAUGAGUUUUCGGCCCAUGCGAACGUGCAAGAAGAUGGGGUUUUAGUCACAGACCAGAUUAAUGUCUCGAGGCACGAAUUAGGUGAUGUCGAUGCGUGUGGGAUGAUGAUGAUGAUGAGUUCAUCAAUGGAGUAUUCUUGCAAUUUGCCAUCGUUGAUGUCCGAAAAUGGAUUGAAGUCGGGUUUGGUGUGGGAUUACGCAUCUCCUUGUCCGAGCGACUUGUCGACUAGUUAUUCGGCAAACAAUUGCUACACUUGA